CGAACCGGACGAAACGUGGGCAACAAGUCUUCGUUCAUGAAGCGUUAGGCGCCAGUGACUUUAAUAUUUCGUGUUACCGUAAGUCCUACAAGGUUUUGCCGUUUUUAGAAAGAACUGGUGACUACAUUUAUUGCAGUAUGAGCUAAACAUAGAAGCAACGGUCUGCUAGUUAGUAAUAUAGGGUUAAUACAGUUUUACGUCAUGACUCGUGCAUCGGUGAUAACGCUAUUACCUCUGUUUCUCAGCACAGCGUUCCAACAUGGAAGGCGCCAAGUUCAGGCUCAAGUGCUUAGCACACGAGUUUCCGAACACGACCUGAAUCCUAUUCCGCAGCAUAACCUGUGUGAACCUAUUACAGUGCCGUUGUGUAAAGAUAUUGAAUAUAACCAAACCAUGAUGCCAAAUCUGCUUAACCAUCAGAAACAAGAAGAUGCUGGUCUCGAAGUUCACCAGUUCUUCCCUUUAGUGAAGGUAAAGUGCAGUCCUGAUUUACAGUUCUUCCUAUGUUCUAUGUACACUCCCGUUUGCACCAUCUUGCCUCACCCUCUUCCCCCUUGUCGUUCUUUGUGCCAAUCAGCAAGGAAUGGCUGUGAAGGUCUGAUGAAUAAGUUUGGAUUUCGCUGGCCCGAAACUUUGGAAUGUGAAAAGUUUCCAGAAGCUGGUGGACCCGAACUCUGUGUAGGUCAGAACGACACAGAAAAGUCCAGCCGUACCGCUACUUCUUCACCAUUUCCUCACGCUGAUUCCGGGAGAAAACCAACCUCAGGUAAGGAGUUUAUAUGCCCAACAGAAUUUCGAGUCCCCAAAGGACUUGACUAUGUAGUUCGUAUUGGAAAGAAAGAAGAAAAAAAUUGUGGAUUGCCUUGUUAUGGUAUGUUUUUUAGACAAGAGGAACGAACCUUCUCUCGGAUAUGGAUAGGCACAUGGGCGAUUUUGUGCAUGGUUUCUACACUUUUUACAGUUCUUACAUUUAUAGUUGACAUGAAGAGAUUCCGUUACCCCGAGAGGCCUAUUAUCUGUUUAUCCCUUUGUUACUUUAUGGUAGCAUUGACGUACGUUGUCGGGUUUCUUUUGGGGGAUGAAGUAGCUUGUAAUAAGCCUUUCGAUCCACCAGAGAUAAAGGCUGGAGUGAAUAUGGUUAGAACGAUCACUCAAGGCAAUAAAAAAGAAAGUUGUACAAUCCUUUUUAUGAUGUUGUAUUUCUUUAGUAUGGCCAGCUCCAUUUGGUGGGUAAUUCUGACUCUGACCUGGUUUCUAUCUGCAGGCCUCAAGUGGGGUCAUGAAGCCAUUGAGAAACAUUCACAUUAUUUUCAUGUAAUAGCAUGGACAGUUCCCGCCACAAAGACCAUCACUGUUCUUGCUAUGGCAAAAGUGGAAGGAGACAUUUUAAGUGGAGUUUGCUAUGUUGGGCUUUGGGAUGUCGAAGCACUCAGAGGGUUUGUCUUGGCGCCGCUGUUUUUCUACUUAGGAUUGGGAACAGUAUUUUUACUGGCGGGAUUUGUCUCCUUGUGUCGUAUCCGCACAGUCAUGAAGCAUGAUGGAACGAAGACAGAUAAGCUUGAAAAAUUAAUGAUCCGUAUUGGCAUCUUCUCAGUGCUCUACACUGUACCAGCCGUCAUAGUCCUAGCCUGCUAUUUUUAUGAACAGACUUACUUUGAAUCUUGGAUGUUGUCUUGGCAACAAGAAAAUUGCCAAAAACCGAUGUACAGUAUACCUUGUCCCCCUAAAGAUUUGUUUAGAACACAAGGGUACUGGCCCAAGCCAGACUUUGCCGUUUUCAUGAUAAAGUACUUAAUGACGUUAGUUGUGGGUAUCACUUCGGGAUUCUGGAUAUGGUCAGGAAAAACGUGUAGUUCCUGGAGAAACUUUUAUCAGAAAAUAUGCCAUCGAAUUGUCAGCCAUGAAGCUUAUGUGUGACCUUACUAAAGAGAACGAUUAAUAUAUUGCUUUAUGAGGUUGCAGUUCAUAUAAUAAAGACACACUUUUAUAAAUAGUGAAUGCUUAGAUGAUUAACUGUGUUUCUGCUAAGCGUGAUAAGUGAGCCAAAAGUUUUUGCUUCAAAGAUUAUAUCAGCAUCAUGAAUUGAAUUCAUGUAAUCUAUUAUGAGAUUAAACUUUUUGACGUUACUUCUAGAAGUAUCAGUGAAGUAACGCAUACGUUAAAUAUGUACUUAAAAUAAUAACUUGCUGUAUGUUUUAUGAUUUUGUGGACAGUUUUUGAAUUAUGGUCUCGGAAAUACUAUAGAGUAUAGAGAAAGUAACAAUGAAUGUGUUUAUGAUUCUCAUUACUGAAGUGAGUUAUUAACUAGGGUCGAAACAGUAUAUGUAUACAGUAUAGCCUUUCUUAAGUACUAUAAUAUCUCUCAAUAGGCAGUAUGUUUAUUCUAAUCUUCCAUGUUUCAAUAACUCCAACAUCUUGUAAAUUAUGUAAUAUAUUUGUAAUUAGCAUUAGAGAUGUUUAAUUAUAUACAUUGAGAUAUUAAUGAAACCUACUGACUUCGAUAUUCAAGAAUAUUAAUUUCUAGACCGUUUUGUUUCAAAGGUAUGAUCAUCGCUAUGACCAACAGCUGGGUACUCAUGUGAAUUAUAAAUGUGUGUUCUUUUUAUUUGAUAAAUUUGUUUAAUUCUAUUGCGUCAUCAUUUUGAGGACAGAUUUGUAUAGUACACGUAACAUCUCAGAUUUUUCUUUAUGCUGUGUAUUAAUACGCACGACCUACGUCCUCACAACUGUACCUCACAUUACACUCGUCAGUAGUUGUGAUUGUUUAGUGCAAAAGUACGCAAUAGGUUAUAUGCGCUCUGUCCACCGCCGGGAAUCGAACCCCGUAUUUUAGCAUUAUAAGUCCAUAAAUGGCCAGAUGCAGAAAGAGAGAGUUAUCGCUGACCUAACGGGGGACACACUCUUCGAUAACAACUUACUUGCUUCAUUCAUAUAUUCUGUUUUUCUUUUUAAAUUUGGACAUUUAAAAGUUGAUUUCAAACAUGUUUUUUGUCACAUUUAUUUAUUUAUAUUUUAUUUUGAGUGUUAACCUUUUGGUGGUCGUAAGCAGUGAAUAAAAUUAGAAAGGUGAUUUCAUUUAUUUAGUUCAUAAAUAUUCUGUUUCCCGUUUUGUAAACCAUAAAAAUAUUUCACAAUUAUCUGUAUUAUAUCAAAGGCGUACAAAGGAUUAUUUACCUCUUCACAGCCCUGACGAGAUAAUUAUGUAAAAACACAAAAUUUUUAUUAUAGACGUACGCGCCAACAAAUACAUGAUCGCGCGAACAAAACUGUAACAAAACAAUGUAAAGUUAUACCAUUUAUACAAAAGCACGUUCAAGGUAGAACUUUAUUUGAUGUUUUAAAAACACCGAAUUUCAAUUUGUCACUGAAAAAUGUAUUUUAUUAUAUGGAAAAAAUUAAGUAGAAUUUGUUUGAUAUUUAAGACUACAAAUCUUACUUCUCAUGCAGAUAUGAGAUUGUUUUGGAAAUAAACUUGCGAACUUUUAAUCACAACACAUGAUAAACUAAAUAUUUGAAGUGUCUUCUCAGACAAUAAAACAACAAACCCUAGUUAGAAUAAUUUGGGAAUUAGUUAUACCUAUUUUCUGUUAUGCAUUUUAAACGCGGUAAAUUUAACAAAUUUUCCGUUAAGCUUAUGUGUUUAUGAAAUUUGCUAAUUAAAUUUUUUAAUUUAAAUGAUAACACUUCAUAAACCAAAGCGCAAAAACAUUGAAAAGCCGUUUCAAAAAAAUCAUGAUUAGAUGGGGUAAAAAAUAGUAUAUUAUUCAGAAAAUAAAAUAAAUUAGUUUAAGUGCUUUUUUAAUAUAUUUUCCUCUUUUUCUUUCAGAUAAAUCUUUAUCUUGUUUUUUAAAUUGUGAUUUUAAUAAUUUUGCUAAUAUCCGUCUCAAACAUUGAUAAGAAAAUUUCCAGAAUCCUAAAGUUGAAUUUUGGUUAGAG